CCCAAAGCAGAUUCUUCCCUUCAUUAUGAGUAUGAUUGCUUUAUAUUCUGUUUUCCUCUCUCUCUAUGGAGUAGAACUCUCUCUCACUUGGGUAUGAAGAACCCUAGUUCCAUGUGUUAGGGAUUUGAGUUGUAAUGACAUUUUGGAUUGCUUGCUGCUUGAUUAUAAUCGAUUGAGGCAUGAUUUAUUGAAUCAAUUGAAGCAUGAUCAACUUUUCUUGAUUUCUGCUACAACCUGAGAUAGAUAGAAUCUGAUUAGGUUGUUAGAGCUUCUUCAAUCGGUAGUAGUGAAUUGCUUAUACGAGAGUUAGUCAAUUCACUGCUUUGUACUGGAAUUCAUUCUAGUAGUGGAGAUCUGUGUUAAUCGCCUAAACAGUCUAUCCCGCUGAAGGCUAGUCGCCUGCCCGGGUAUUCUAUCAAAGAGGGCUUGGACAGCUUAAGAGAUUCCAAGCUAAUUUAGGAUCUUCCGUAGUUUAAUCGAGAGUAAAUAAACCUAAGGGAAUUACAAAUUUGACUUAACUAAGGAGCUAGGGGGAUUCAUUCCCGAGUGACUCUUCCCUUUCUUAAGAACUUCGACAAUUUCCUGCUUUCUUACUGCUUUUGUUUGCAAUCACUCUCACUACACUUAGUCCCGCUAGAUAACAGGUAGUCACGGAGUAGACAGUGGAUCUAGAUCUCGGGUUGAUAAAUUGAACUUGACACUAUUCUGCAUUUCCAGACUGCGAUUAUACUUGGUCGUAGUUUGGUUUUGUGUAAUAGUGUGUCACCUCGCCAACGUGACUCUUGGUGAGGAGUGUUCGGCUUUCCUCCUCAACUGCUUGCCCAAAAAGCGGUCUGAUCCAGGUAGUUUUACUAUACCUCUUGGUAUUGGUAACCAUUAUAUAGACAAUGUCUUGGCGGACCUAGGAGCUAGUGUUAAUGUGAUGCCCUACAAGCUUUUCAAAAAGCUGGAAGUAGGUGAACUUAAGACCACUAAGCUUAGCAUCACUUUAGCCAACCGUUCGGUCAUUAGCCCGAGAGGCAUUGUGGAGGACAUGUUGGUGCAAGUAGGCAAGUUUUGCUAUCCGACUGAUUUCGUGAUUCUCGAUAUAAGCGAGGACUCGGAUAUGCCGCUCAUACUCGGUCGCCCACUCCUCGCCACCACCAUGGCACUGAUAGACGUUAAUGAGGGGACCUUAAUUCUGGAUGGUGAGGAGAGUAUCAAGCUUGAAAUUGACCCUAAGGUUAGAAGUAAGAAAGUGAAGGAGUUGGUUUCGAAUGAUAUGAAUGUGAGUGGAGGAGAGUCUCUCAAGGAAAACCCCACUAUUACUUGUGUUGCUUGUGGUAAUGUUGAGCAGGAAGUCAAGGAGGGUACUAUGCCCAAGGAAAAGAGGAAGAAUGCUUGGAGGCAAAAGAUGAAGGAAGCUUUGGCCCGAAGGAAGGAGAAGGUCAAUGCUAAGUUGGCUAACCAAGAGGGCCAACUCAUGGAGCCGAAGAUGAGAGGCUACAAGCCUCGCCUAGAGAGUGUGGUGGAUCCACUCUCGGUGGCAUCACGUUCUCAGACAUGAUUGAUCCCCAAUCGUCAAGCUAAUGACGAUAACUUAGCGCUUGUUGGGAGGCAACCCAAUGGAGGUUUGUUUUCUUUUCCUUAUUUUCGUUUUUGUGUCAAGUGAAGAGUUCAAGUGGUCAAGUGGUGGCCCCGUGCCAAGUUUUGUGGUUUUGCGUUUUAAGGUUGUGUUGUAUCGAUUAAGAGGCACGGUGGAAUAGGUUGAGUCAAAUUUUUCCCUAAAGUGCCCUGUUUUCACUGGAUUUCACGGACGGAUUGUUGAGUUCACGGUCUUACAAGACCAUGAACAAGCAAAUGCGUCCGUGAACUGGACGAUCCUGCAUGUUCACCACCUGUCGGCCAACCUCCGUUCACGAACGGAUUUGAGUGUUCACGGUCUCUAAGACCGUGAACAGGCCAACACAUCCGUGAAUUUCGUGCUUCGCCUAUAAAAGGGGCGUGAACGG